AUGGCCGAAGGAGAACCUGUUCCAAACGAUGCUCUUGUCCAAAUGAUGACCGCAAUGAGGGAGGAGUUGAGGAACAUGACUCAACAAAUGGGAAACAUUCGGCAAGAACUUGGAGCCAGAAUAGAUCGAGUUGAGGCACAACCAAGGAGAGCCCCAGUUCGAGGAGCACAAGUGCAAGCCGGUGACGCGAGUGAUGAUGAAGAGAUGCCCGAACUAGAGGAUGAAUUUCCACCUGAUCCUCUUCAGCAUCGACAGCAGAGGAGGCCGGAUCCUCUAAGGAGAAAUCCAGCUAGGGUAGUGGAUACCCGAGAGCAAACUCAUGAUCUCAAGCUAACACCUCCUACUUUUUCAGGACAGUCGGACCCCGAGGCAUACUUGGAUUGGGAGAGGCGGCUAGAGCACAUCUUUGAGUGCUAUGGCUACGCUGAACGCAAGAAGGUGGCUGUUGCGGCUGCACAACUCACUGACAAUGCCUUAGCAUGGUGGGACAGAAAUGUAGCCGAGAGAAGGAGGCAGCGCUUUGGACCAGUCGUCACUUGGAGCGACAUGAAAUUCCUCCUACGACUUAGGUAUGUACCUGAACACUAUCAUAGAGACUUACAAAAGCGUUUUCGCAAAUUGUCUCUGGGAAACAGAAGCGUAGAUGAAUAUUUUGAGGAGUUUGAGAAGCUGAUGAACUCGUUGGAGUUAGAAGAAUCGGAGGAAGCCUUGAUGGCUCAGUUCAUCGACGGUCUACAAGAGAGAAUAGCCAGAAAGGUGGAAAGAGCUCAAUAUAGUGGGUUACACGAGCUAUUGCAUCUUGCCGUUCAAGUGGAGCAGCAAAUCAAGCGUAAGACCGCUCUUACUAGCCGUAACCGCACGAGCCAACCAUGGAACGCCAGCAGUUCUAAGCUGGUAGACAAAGGCAAAGCUGUGGAGAUUGAAUCAAGAUUCAAGGGCAAAGGCACCGAGUCUCCCAAAUUCAACCGAGCCGAACAAGGUAAGCCCUCUAAUCCCACAUCAAGAACUCGUGAUAUAACUUGUUUUAGAUGUCAAGGCAGGGGUCACAUGUCAAGGGAGUGUCCAAAUCAGCGAGUCAUGAUCAUUACCCCUUGUGGUGACUAUGAAUCGCAAGAUGAACAAGAAGAUGAAUCUAACGACUUGGAGGAGGAGGUUGAAUAUCCCGACACUGGUGAACUCUUAGUGACUCGCCGAGUGCUAAGCGUCCUAGUUCACCCUGAGGAGACAGCCCAAAGAGAGAACAUAUUUCAUACUAGAUGCACCGUCAAGAACAAGGUAUGUAACCUUAUCAUAGAUGGUGGUUCAUGUACUAACGUGGCUAGCAAGUAUAUGGUGGACAGGUUAGGUCUUGAGAAGACAAAGCAUCCUUGUCCCUAUAAGUUAAGGUGGUUAAACGACCAGACCGAGCUCAAGAUCUCCGAGCAAGUGUCCAUACCGUUUAGUAUUGGCAAAUACCAUGAUCAAGUCACUUGUGAUGUGGUGCCCAUGCAAGCCGGACAUCUAUUACUCGGUAGACCGUGGCAAUUCGACCGAGCCACGACCCACAAUGGCCGCACCAACCAUUACUUUUUCAUGUACAAGGAGCGUAAGUACAAUCUUGCGCCUCUAAGCCCCACCGAGGUACAUGAGAUGUAA